GGGGGGGGCCGAGGGAAGAUGGCGGCGGCGAUGACCUUUCGGCGGUUGGUGGGGCCCAGCCGGGCGCGCGCCUUCGGGGUGCGCGCGGCCCCCACUGGGGAAAAGGUCACGCACACUGGCCAGGUUUACGACGCGGACGACUACAGGAGGGUCCGUUUUGUCGGGCGCCAGAAAGAGGUGAAUGAAAACUUUGCAAUUGACUUGAUAGCCGAACAGCCGGUGAGUCAAGUGGAAAGUCGGGUGAUAUCCUGUGAUGGGGGAGGAGGAGCGUUGGGACACCCCAAAGUAUACAUCAAUUUGGACAAAGAGACAAAAACCGGGACGUGCGGUUACUGUGGACUUCAGUUUAAACAACACCACCACCACUGAAACAGGACCGGUGCUCUCCGUACCUCGCGACGAUCCAGGCGCGAGGAUUUUGGUUCCAAAUAAAAUCUAUAUUUAAAACUCGCAGGUAUCCUGAAAAUGUUCCGUGAAUUAAAAGACUCCAGCUAA